AUGGAAAGUCGUUUAAGCUUUUCCCGACUUUUGGUGAUUUUAUGUCUCUUAAUUUAUGAAGAUACAAUCAGUGCGUCCAAAUUCAAGUUCACCAAUUUUGUGUGCAGCUCUGUGGACCCAUCCUGGUUGGUGGUCCACCAAUGCCGGUUAAAGGCCAUUCGCAGGGACUGGGUGGCUCUCAACUUCAACGUAACGCUCCUUCAAACAAUAAGAAAAGCUAAAGUUCACGGCCAAAUAUUCAAAAGAGCGAGUGGCUACAAGCCUUGGCUUUACAACUUCACCCUCGAUGGCUGCAGGUUUCUGAGAAAUCCCUAUAUGCCGGUAGCUGCCAUCAUUUUCAACAGGUUCAAACAGCAUUCUAAUUUAAACCAUACUUGUCCUUACUCGGGUUCAGUUUUUAUAAUGGGAGUCCAGGUGUUUGCAGAGGAAAUCCCGGUUCCACUUCCCUCUGGGGACUACUUAAUUUUAAUAAAAUGGUACUUUUCCAGUAAUUUAAAUUGUUCUACAGAUCUUGGAAUAUCCUCGGGAAUUUAUUUUUCAUAA